ACAUCCAUGCGCAUGCGCGGAAGGAACCCGCCAUUAAAAUAACCUCACAACGUGAGUGUUUCGUUGCAGUACACUCUACUACAAAAGGUGCAAUUUUUUAGCAUAUACCUACCGCUGGUAUUUUCUUGGAAGAAUGGCUUACAGGGGACAAGGACAGAAGGUGCAGAAGGUUAUGGUGCAGCCCAUUAACCUAAUUUUCAGGUAUCUACAAAAUCGCUCACGGAUCCAGGUCUGGUUGUAUGAGCAGGUCAACAUGCGGAUAGAGGGCUGCAUUAUAGGUUUUGAUGAGUACAUGAACCUAGUUCUUGAUGAUGCAGAGGAGGUCCACAUGAAGACUAAGAACAGAAAGCCGCUGGGGAGGAUCAUGUUGAAAGGAGACAACAUUACCUUGCUGCAGAGUGUGACCAGCUAGGACAGUGGAGACGCCUACAAGUCUUACCUUUCCUAGAAAGAAAUGUUUCCCUUGUUUUGUUUUUGCGAAUGGCGUUAAGUAUGUUUGUGUUUAUACAACAUGAAUAUUGUAAUUGUUUCUUUCUACCACGUGGAUUUGAGAAUAAACAUUUUUUUUCUUAC